AUGAAAGUUUAUCCGCUAUCUUCAUCAAUUCUUCCGCUUAUAAUAUCAUUAGAUACUGAUGCUAUCAUGAAUUUGGAAAAUGUUCCUGAAUUUGAUGAUAAUUCUACAAGAUGCGGCCUUUGUAAUGCAUUUUUCAACUCGUACGCUAUAAUACAUGACCAUCCAUCUGUAUGGAAAUGCGCUUUAUGCAAUAGAGUAAAUACCCUUCCUUUGCCUCCAUCGAAUAGCUUUGAUACAGGAUUCUCACUUGCACAGAAAUCGAUUCCAUAUAACAAUAUUGUAUUCGAUUUUAUAAAACAACCAAGAAAUCAUAAAAAUCAAAAACCUUGCAUCAUUCUGGCAGUCAUUUCAUCAUUAAACCGACAAAUAAUAGACAAAAUAUCAGAAGGUAUAGACGAUUCUCUCGAAAUAGACUACAUUCUCAUAUAUUUCAACGCUUAUGUUGAAAUUUUCGACACACAAAGUAAUUCUUUCAAAGUGUUACUAUGCGAAUCAUCAGAUAUUUUCCUACCAACAUCAGUAGACCGAAUGAAAAUGAACUCUACUAAAUUAAAAAAUGUUUUGAAAUCUUAUAUUCCUCCAGCACGUUCAGAUUCAAAUUUAUCUCCUCUUUGCGCAAUAGUUAAUGAAAUAAAUCUCGAAGAACCGACAAGAUUCGUUUGUUUCGCUAAAGGUCCCGUUCAAACGAUGUCUUCUCAAAUUCAGUACCCAACAUACUUAUGCUUUAUAGGAGAUUCGAUAAAUAAACUUGGAUACUUCAAUUCUCUUAUCAAUGUCCCCGGUUCAAAAUUUACAAUAAUUGAUGAUUCAGAUCUCAGCAAAGUUUUGUUCUUUUCUCAAAAGUGCUUCAGAACAAAAAUAGUCAAAGACAUCCAGAUACAGUUUUACAUGCCAAAAACUAUGUUUCAAAGUAAUGUCAGUCCGAAUUCAAGGAUAGCAGCAUUUGAAAGGUCCAAUUUCAGUGGAGCUGUUCUAUUUUCUAUAGCACAAGCUGAAUUAGGAUAUACAGAAGUCAAUGAAAAAAAUGUCAAAAGAAUUAUUUCAAUUAAAAUUCCACUAACACCUCAUGCGAAGAUAUAUAAGAGUUCUACAUUUAAAUUUCCAUAUCGAUGCUUGUUUUCAGUUUGUUCUUAUAUUAUUGAAGAAAUUAAAAAGAUGACAGAGACACAGCAGCUUUUCCAGAUACGUGGAUUCAUAUUUGAAACAGCUCAGAGGUAUCCUCACGAACUUUUGUUUAAGAAUUUUAUUUUUUCAUUAUUUAGAUCAAAAUUACUCGACCAAGGUGCCGAUCUUUAUACUCGGUCUGGAAUAGCCCAUAUGCUAUGCACUCUUCCUAUUCCAAAUAUAUUUUUCUAUUUUGUUCCUUUAGAAUACGUAAAUGGAAAGAUAGAACCAGUAAUUCCGAAACCCAAUAAAGAUGCAAUUGCACGUUUGACUCACGAUGCAGUAUAUAUCCUUGAUUCAGUUGAAGAUCCAAAAUCAAUUGUUAAUUCAAUUGCAAAAGCCAUGGAUCUUUUAUAUAUUGACUCUUGCAUUGAAAUUGUUCCAAAAUUACAAGAGAUAAAUGACUAUACUGAAGGAUAUCGUCAAUGGGAAAGCGCUUGGUCAAAAAAUACUCCAAAGUUUAACUUUACUACUGUAUAA